GUCGUUUGCAUGGUGAUAAAGAAAGCGAAUUCGAUGCAAUUAUUGGGUGGAGGUCAUUGGAGCAAGAUAUUAAACUUUUCGGAUCAGAUAAUGUCUUGACAGCAUUAACUCCCAAAUUGAAAGACGUAGAUCCUGAUGAUUCCUUUUCUUCGGUUCCAUAUGAAAAAGGAUUCAAUUUUCUUUAUCAUAUUCAAAAGGUCAUUGGUGGACCUGAAUAUUUUGAGCCUUAUAUGAAAGCUCAUGUUCAAGAAUUUGCAGGAAAAUCAAUUACUACUGAUGAUUGGCGAAAAUUUUUAUACUCUUUUGUGGAAAAAAAUUUUCCUGAAAAAAAGGCCGCUCUGGAUAGUAUUAAAUGGGAUGAUUGGCUGCAUGCACCUGGAAUGGUACUUGAUCUUUGUAAUGUUGAAUAA